AUUAAAAUUUAUAAAUUAUAACAAUUUGGUGACUUUAACAUCAAUUUUAAUGAUAAGAAAUCGGAAAACUUUUAAAACUUUCCUUAUGGACACAUUAAAUUUACAUAUGAUAAACAAUCCGGCAGAAUCUACAACGAGAGAUGACACCACUGCACUAUCGAUGCAGUAUUUUCAAGAUAUUUGGAAAUAAUUACAUCACAAACAUACCUAUCAUAUUUCAGUUAUCACAGUAUUAGAUACUUGUUCCAUACUAUACCGAAAAAAAAACACUGUAAAUAAAAUAACAUGGCCACGACGGAGAUCGAUGUAGACGCAAUCCUGAGAAAGAUGAUUAACAAGAUUAUUGAAGAAUUUACCGUCGACAAGGUAAACGAAACGCAGCAUUUCGACAACGAAAGUCAAGAGCACAUCGACGAAGAGCAAGUUCCAGAGGACAUCUACGACAUGAAAGACUCAGCUUUAGAUGACGUCGUGAGCACCCUUUUGGGUGAGAUAGUCGAAGCUGUGUGCGACAAAGUCGACGAAGGGCAGCACUUCGACGACGACACAAAUCAAGAGGGUGUUGAAAACGAGAACAAUCGAGAGCAUAUCGACGAAAAGGAAGUUUUAGAGGACAUCAACGACAAAGAAGACCCAGAUGACGUCGUGAACACCCUUUUGGGUGAGAUUGUCGAAGCUGUCUGCAACGAAGACUCAUUGGAGGCUAUGGCCGGCGGAGACGCAGAGGCAGUUUCAGUUUCGGAACAGAUAGUAGAGACACCGGCCGAGGGAGAGAGGGACGGAGAUGGACUGGCCAGGAUAAUUGAAUUCGAAGCACCAAAACCAGCAGACCCCACACCUCCACGUGGACGCGCCAGGCGAAUAAUGGCCACCACGUGGAAGGGAGUGAGGCGGGUCACACGCCUGAUGCUGUGCGGAUGCUUCCGAGGAGAGUGAAGCCGCAGUCCACCCCUCCCUCCUCCUCGGGCCGAGGAACACCAGACAAGACGGCGGCGACAUGGGGGAUUGGUACGUGACAGAGCACUUUACGGUGUACGGCGGUAAGUCACCCUGUACGUUUUCCGGCCACCCGCGGAAAGACGAGGUCGUGUGGUCGAUGGCGUCGUGAGCUCGCGGUUGCCGACACGCGAGACCAUCUGUGGCUGCUCGGCGAUGGCCCAGCAACGGAGGUCGUGAGAGGAGCGACGGACGGACGACGACGACGACGAUAUUCGACGGCUAGCUAGACCAGCGUGGGCAACGAUACCGCCCCGACGGUACCUCGACGACGGCUGCAGCUUGCACGAAGGCGACUCGUGACGGCGGCGGCGGAUAUCUCAGAACACGAUGGGUGAGCGAUAGAGCUAAGGUAAGCUAUGGGAACACGGACGUCGCUGCAUCGCCUGAUCCACAGAAGCUGAUCAAGUUUCAGGGUUCGGCGGUGCGCGACUCCACGGCGGAGGGGCCAUCGGCGCGGCAGACACUGUGCCGACGGGACCCCAGGACGAAAAUCACGGAGAGGAUCAGGACCGCGCUGCGUUGUGGUGCGGUCCGCGGAUUCUCUCCCCUUUUCGGCCUGCGGUCAUCCCGUCGGCCGAGUCUCGGGGGACUCCAGGACGAAAAUUACGGAGAGGAUCAGGACCAUGGUGCGUUGUGGCGUGGUCCGACGAUUCUCUCCCCUUUUCGUCCAGUGGUAAUUCCGCCGGCCUAGCCGCGCCUCCGGUCGCCGCUGAUUCCACAGCACCAAAUAGCUGUCUUCGCUCGCUCAGUGCUUUGGUGUCUCCGUCGUCACCGUCACAACAGUCGUCUUCAGCACCUGCGCAUCGUCGACGCGCAUGACAUCGCGCACUAGCCGCUCGUCGUCAAUCGUCGUCCAAUGUCGCUCCCGCGGCCUUCGCAGUCGGGUCUAACCCGCUGUCACGAUGGUCGUCACCCGCGAGCAAACGCGCCAGAGAUCACACUCGUCCGCCUUAGGGACCGGCCGCGAAAACGUAUGGAGGUGACCAGUGGCCUUUGCAUUUGCACGCACCUCGCCAUCACGUAUCAAUCCCCCUGCUUUUGUGUCUUGUCUGGUGUUUUUUUUUUUUUUUUAUAUUAUCAUUUUUUUUAUGUUCAAAAUUGUUAAAUUUUCUGACCAUUUUGCGUCAAACCUUAUCUUUCGGCUCACAAAACACAAAUUUUUUUUGUUUAUAUAUUACUAUUAAUUCAGACCAUUUUGCGUCAAACCACUUAUCCUUUGGCUCACCAGACAUAAGUUUUUUUUAUAUAAUAUGUCAUCAUUAUUCAGACCAUUUUGUGUAAAACUUCUUUCGGCUUAAAAAAAAUAAAAAUUAUGUGGUUAAAAUAUUGUUUCUUUUUUCAUAUUAAUAGUGUAUUUGUAUUUUUAUUUAUUUCAACAGAAUAAUAGAUAGAAUAAAAGGUACUGCUAGUAUUUAAGAUUAUAGAAUAAUAUUCUAUAUUAUUCAAGAGUGUAUCACCUGAGUCAUAAUAAUGGUUGUGUUAAAUUUUAAUUCAAUGAUAAAUCGUUAGGUACGUCAUAUGAAAAACGAAUCAAAGCAAAAACGGUGUGUCAUCCUACAUUACUAAGUGACUACACAUUUUUUAUGAUAUUGUUGCUAUUAAAGAAAUUAAUUUUUCUAUUAUUAAUACACUAAUACAAUAGGUUAAAUUAACUUUUGCCGAAAAUAUUGCAAUUUAAAAUGUAUUUGUGUGUACUGUGUACUGUGUACAGUGCAUAAAAUAUAAUUAAUAUACUUUCAAGUUCCCACGAAUAAUAAUUUUAAAUUAUAACAAAAUAACUAAAAUUGUUAUUAUUUGUUUAAAUAUGAACUUUAAAUAUCAGUUAAAUAGAACUGUGUUCAUGUAUUUUUUGGUUACAGCAUGAACUAUACUCAUGAGAAACCUUGUUUUAAAUUUUCAAUCCUUAUACCUAUAAAAAUUGAACAUUUUAUACAUUUUUAACCAUAUUAUAAUGACUAAUAAUUUUUCGGACUUUCAUGAAUUUUAUCAAAAUUUGAACUUUAUAUAAAAAUCGAGCUCAUGUAUCUUUAAUUUUGUUGAACUUCUAUUAGGUAUAAUAAUUUAUGAUGACAUUUAUAUCAUAAUAGUUUUGAAAAAAAUGUAUGAUUGUAGCUCAAAAAGAGUAUACAUUUUAUGAUGUAUGGACUGUGGAGUAUGGUUAUAUAAAUAUUUGACCAUAAUUUAAAGUAAUUACGGUUAUUUGUUUUUGAGUUACAUCAAAAAAACUACAUCAAUUUUGUCGAAAACUGGUUUUGAGUAAAAAUUCUUUUUUUUCUUAAAUUUUCUUUUUUUCAAGAUGUUUUUAAUAACUCCUGAGAAUUUUCGAUUUUGACUUCUUAACACUACCAACUAGAUUUCAUUUGCGACUAGAAACCACCUUUCAAAGUUGAAAAUCAACGCAAUAUUUCACUACCUAUUUCUCGUGUACACAGAAUUUUUUUUGCAUGAUAUAAUUAUUAUAAUCAUUCAUUUUUUUAAUCUAAAAAUUAUAGAAAAAUUUUGAUUAGAACAAAAUUUAGUUACAUAAUAAUAUGUAGAUAAUAAUAUUGGUUAUUAUAAUUACAUUAGUCAUUACCUAUUGUUCUUUCUUUCUAUUAUACCUACUCACUGUAUGGUAACGUUAUAAUAUAAACGUCAUAACUCAUAUUGCUACAUGAAUUAAACUGAAACGAUUUAAUUGAAGUGUCACCGAUGCGUGACUUCUUUUUUGAUCUUUUCUGUUCACUAUUCGUGAUUCGUGUUAAACUUUAAAUGUCUCGACGUGUUUGUCCCCAAAUGCAAUAGGUACUGUCUGUCUGUUUUAAUGUACAUAAUAUAUUAUUAUAGAUACAUUAUACACGCCUCUAUAUCCGCCUAAAGCUACGGCACUGAUAAGCCGUACCUAUAGUAUUAUUAUUACCUGAAUAGUUUAGAAAAGCGUUGUGGAUUGACACAAAAUGUUGAUAUACUAUUCCACAUUUCCACCCUGUUUUUACAUGAUGGGUCGGACAUUAAAAAAUAUGCGAUAUAAUAAUAUAUUAAAAUAUAUAACAUAUAUAUACUUAUUAUAUACCUAUUUA